UUAAUUAUAAACACGACAAAAGAAACAUAGGCGCUUACACACUGGUGUCUCUGAUUUGUUGAAAGAGGUGGGAGCACGUGCUAUUGCUGCGAACACGUCGAGAAAGCAUAGGAUAUAUUAGUCUCUGUUGGACUCGCGAGAUCGGUCGACGCGUCAGCAGCGGAUUUUUCAAUCGUCAUCCAGACUCUGCGAUUAAUAAAUCAGCUGAUGAUCGUCAUGGAAAAAUAUACGAUUCUCCGACUUCUUAUAUUGUGCAAUUAUCUGCUCAUUGGCCAAUCACGGACAAUUUCACAUGUUAAUGGCACCAAUAUUCGCAUUAACAAUGAUAAUCAAAUCACCAAGAAACCAUUCACUCUGGAGGAGAUUUAUCUUCAAUAUUACUAUAUCUUCGGCUUCAAUGGCACGUGGAUCUCCGAUACAGAAAUUAUGGUUACAGACAUUAGUAAGAGCAAUAUUACUGUUUAUGACGUAGUAACAAGGAAGAAUGAACGGAUUUUUGAUGGAUCAAAAUUACCCCUGCCAUACAAAUUCAGCUCGGCAACAUUCUCGGCUGACAAACAAUACAUACUGUUUGGUUACAAUGUUAAACAAGUAUUCAGACACACGACCGUUAGAAACUAUGUAGUAUACGACGUAAAUCGCAGUACAUAUGAAAAAAUCGCGAAUGAGACUCCUAUUGUAUUGGCGUUAUGGUCGCCGAUCGGCAAUGAUUUGGUUUACGUUCAUGAUAACGAUAUCUAUCACAUGAUUUUUAAUCACGGCCAGACUAUAGUUCGUAGAUUGACGGAAAGCGGUAAACCCGGUGUCCUUUACAAUGGAAUUCCUGAUUGGGUAUAUGAAGAGGAAGUAUUUAGAUCAGCAGUCGCAAUGUGGUAUUCGCCGGAUGGACAGCAUCUAGCCUUUGCAACCUUUAACGAUACUGUAGUAAAAGACAUGGCAUACUUUUAUUACGGCGUACCUGGUGCUUUUGAAAACCAAUAUCCUACUCAAGUAAAGCUAAAAUAUCCCAAGGUAGGUACACCUAAUCCAGCAGUUUUUUUGUCAGUAAUCGAUUUAAAUGAUCCAUCGUCAAAAGCAAUCAUUUUGGAAGCGCCCGUUGAUGUGGUUGGCAGCGAUAAUAUUUUGUUCACUGCAAGUUGGUGGGACAUAACACAUGUGAUCGUGACAUGGACAAACCGCGUGCAAAAUCAAUCUCAAUUGAUCAUGUACGAUACGCAGGGUACUAGUAAACCGAUUUUGUACGACGAGCAGAUCGAGGGCUGGCUUCAGCCAAAUCGCCCCAUAAGAGCCGGUGAUUAUGCGUUACUCUUACGAUUGAAGGAUUCUGGCACUAACGCUGGUAAAUUUCGACAUAUAGACAGAUAUGAAUACGAAAGUGGCCGAUUCGUUUCAUCGGUAGAUCUAACGCCUGGUCCCUCUGAGGUGCAUUCCAUUUUGGCCGUCGAUUCGCUUAGAGGCAAAGUUUACUACCUCGCUACGGCACCGGGUGAACCGACCCAGAGGAAUUUGUAUACGGUGCCUCUGGAUGCGAGCCAAAAACCAACUUGCAUAUCCUGCGAGCUGCUUACGCCGGAAGGAAAUAAAUGCACAUACGCGACUGCAUCUUUUUCAAGGCUCAGAUCAUAUUACGCUCUCACCUGUUCUGGACCUGAUCCAGCUACAAUAACAAUUAUGGACAGAAAUCAUCAGCCAAUUUUGAUUUGGAAAACUAAUCUAUUGAUAAGACAACUUUUGUCACAACGAUUGAUGCCGCAACAAAGAAAUUUCAACAUUACCGUAAACGGCUAUGAUUCUAGGGUCAGAUUGUUACUGCCGCCGAAUUUCGAUGAAAAUAAAUCAUAUCCCUUGUUAGUAAAUACUUACGGCGGUCCAAACACAGUUAGAAUCACUGAUAAUGCAAAAUAUGAGUAUGAGUAUUAUCUAACAACUAACAAACGCGUAAUCUAUGCGUGGAUCGACGCACGAGGAUCAGCCUUCAAGGGCAGCAAGAUGCUCUUCGAGAUAUACAAGAAUAUAGGAACCGUGGAGAUCGAAGAUACGAUCGCUGUUACUGCAGCUCUGCUGAAACAAUAUAAGUGGAUCGAUGCGAAUAGGGUUGGUAUAUGGGGCUGGAGUUACGGUGGUUUUACUACUGGCAUGGUACUCGCAACAGAUACAGCCUCUGUGUUCAAGUGUGGUAUAUCUGUUGCGCCUGUAACUUCGUGGAUCUAUUACGAUUCUAUUUACACGGAGCGAUUCAUGGGAUUGCCGACUCCCAAGGACAAUCUCGCCGGUUACAAUCGCACGGAUAUCACACGACGAGUAGAGGGAAUACGAGGCAAAAAAUACAUGUUAAUACAUGGUACUGGAGACGACAACGUGCACUACCAGCAAGCGAUGGCGCUCGCCAAGGCGCUGGAGCAUAAUGACAUCCUGUUCGAACAGAUCACGUACACGGAUGAGGCGCAUGGUCUCGAACACGUGUCCCCUCAUUUCUAUCACACGAUGGACAAAUUUUGGAACAAAUGCUUUGGCUUGACCUAAACUCGUUUCUAGAUUCACCGGAGAAGAGAAUUAUUCGCGGCUACAAAUUCGAUUGCACUUAAAUAUGUGGGAUUUUUAUAUAAUAUAAAAAAAGAAUGUUGAAAAUUUAGAAUCUAUUUAGACAAUUACGUUCGAUGUGGAAAAAUUAAUAGAUAGCAUACGUAUAUUAAUGUUAAUAAUGUGAAGAGCUUGUUGUUACAAUUACAGGCGGGCCUUAUGCCUCAACGUAAUCUCGAAGAUAUCGAUGGCAACAAUGAAAAAUAUAAUAAGUCAUUUCUUUGAGCAAAGUGAAUGUUAAUUUUUUUUGUCUGAGAUCGACGAAAUACAAAAAAUGUAAUGUUUUAACAAUGAAAAAAAUGAAAGUUUCAUGAUUACAUGAAUAAAUUCGAAAAAAUGUGACACUAAAAUAAUAAUUUUAUCUUUGAAAGGAAUAUUAUAUUGUGCAAAUAAAUCUCUUAAAAUGUGUGAGUUACAUUUUUGCAACAACUUUUUAUCGAAGCCGUCAAUAUUUUUACGAAAAGAUUAAAUUUGUUUGUAUAUAACAUUUUCAUAACGGAAAGGAUUUUAUCUAACAUAUAUAUUGUUAAAUUUAUUAUAAUAUAUAUGUAAUCGCUAAUCUCGUUAACCUCGACAACAAAUUUCUAUAAAAAAAUUUUCUUACAUGUAAAUAGUAUGCAAUAGUAUGAAUAGAAUAUUAAAUUGUAUAGAAAAUACAAAUAUGAAUAGAAAUUAAAUUAG